CUGAUAUACAUGUGAUUCCCCAAACAAAAGUUUGACACAUCUUCGCGAACUUGUACGGGAAUGGCGGGUCAGCACUUAAACCGUUAUCUUCUUGAAAGUUCCACUGGACCAAAAACCAAAUUUGUUUUGUUUUAAACAUAGUCAUUCGUAUUAUGUAAUCGUCAACAUAUUAAUCUUCGUCAUUCUAUCAAUGUUACUGAAAUAAAUGAGUCUCACAUUUCGAGAAAAAAAAGUAAAAUCCGAUAAUUUUACGCCGUUCUCCGCAAGACACAGGUCAUCUUCCCGCUCUGCUGCGCCCGCAGGUGGCGUUACUUUCUUGACGUCAGACUACCUUUCCCGAUAGAUUAACGCUACGAUGGGGGAUGUGACUGCUGACUCCGUCACCCUGAGCCUGCUGAUGGAGGCCCGGGACACGGUGAGGGGGAGCCCGCUGGGGGUGGUGCACACGCCCAUGGUCUGCUGGUGUCAGACCUCCCUGCCUCCGCCCCCGGUGCCCUGCAACAUACACAUCAAACUGGAGAACAUGCAGAAGACAGGCUCCUUUAAGAUCAGAGGAGUAGCCAAUCAGUUCGCCAGGAGGCCAAAGGGAGGCCACUUUGUCACCAUGUCUGCAGGGAACUAUGGGAAGGCGUUUGCGUACGCCUCCAAGCACUACGGCUCCAAGGGCAAGGUGGUGAUGCCAGAGACCGCCCCCCUCUCCAGAUCCGCCCUCAUACAGGAAUUCGGGGUCGAAGUGGAGCGCGUCCCCACUUCCUGUCUGAUGAAAGUGGUAGACAGCUGUGUCCGGAACGAUGACAUGACCUUCCUCCACUCCUACGACGACCUCGACCUCAUCGCCGGCCACGCCAGCCUGGGCCUGGAGGUGCUGGAGGCAGUCCCGGACCCCGACGUGGUGGUGGUCUGCUGCGGGGGAGGGGGGCUGCUGGCCGGGGUGGCGGCGGCCCUCAGACUCUCAGGGUCGUCCAGGACCAGGAUCUACGGCGUGGAGCCGGAGGGGGCCUGCACCAUGUACCAGAGCUUCUUGGAGGAGAGGCCUGUUGCCAUGGAAACCAAGAGCAUCGCCUCAGGCCUGGCCCCGCCAUCUGCAGGCAGUCUCCCCUACCAGCUGUGUCGGCGCCACGUGGAUCAGAUCGUGCUGGUGAGCGACGAGGAGAUCAGGGCGGCCGUGUCGGCGCUCUACCGCUCGGGUCUGGUGGUGGAGCCGUCCGGCGCCGCCGCCUUCGCCGCCGUCCUCGCCGGGGACCGGAUCCCGGACCUGGCUGGCCGGAGCGUGGUGUGCAUCCUGAGCGGAGGCAACAUGGGGAAGGACGAGCUGGCCCGCUUCCCCGACUGAGAGGAGAGACUCCCUCGCCAACCUCACUUACAUCUACAUUCAGGGCAUUUAGCAGACGCUUUUAUCCAAAGCGACACACACACACACAAGUACAUUUGUCAGAAACAACAUAUCGCUGUCGGUGCAGUAAGGAUGUUCAUAGAACCAAGUGCCAAGCACUAACAAUCGUUAGGUCAACCCAUUCUCUGUAUACGACAAAGAUAGCUAGGAUAGGUUGCUACACAAUGCUAAGUACUAUUUUCAAGUGCAAGGAUGUACAACAUACUAUAAGUGCAUAAGCGGGCUGUGGUGGGGGUGUGGGAGGGUAAGGGGGGGGGCUAUGCAGAGUCUAGGUGAACUAUGAAAAAGUGAGUGUUGGGUCUUAUGCGGGAGCUGGUGAGCGACCCUGUGGUCCUGGCAUCGGCAGGGAGCUCGUUAAACCACUGCGGUGCCAAAACAUAAGAAUUGUGACUUUAAUGAUUGAUUUCUUUAGAAGAGCAAGCAAAGGUCGAUCAUCGGCUACAUGGGAAAAGACAACCUCGCCCACUUCCCAGAACGAGAGGAGGCGUUUGCCAAACUAUGCUUCUAGUGAAGAGUACUUCUGCUCCUGUAGGGCGGUCGCGUUUCACUGUUGAUCUACUUGUGUUGCGGUUUCCACACUUCGACGACACUGCGUUUCAAGGCUCACAAUCGAGAAGAGCUUCAAAGAGACGUCAGCUGGAUAGAGCUGGUGUGAUGAGCGGGAGAAGAUGAAUCCUAUCACAAAACCAUAACCACAUUUCCAUUUUGGAUUCAUAUGAACAGUAGAAGUAGAGCGAGUCACAAGUAUAAAAAAUAAGUCAAUCUUUAUUUUUAAAUCCAUAACUUUGAUAUUUUUAUAGGUUUGUAAUCAAUGCUUACAAAUUCGGAGUAAAGUAGGGGAUUUUCGUACAAUUGACGAUCACUGGUGGAUCCCCACAAAAUAUGAACCCUUACCGACUGAAUAAAUGAAAUCCUGUCACAAAUUGACAACACCCUGAGUAUUUUCUUGGAACAAAGUGUUACCGUUUCUUUCAAGAACAAUUACGGCUUGAUUCCGAUUCCGUUGCCAGCCAAUCAUUUGAUCAAAAGCCUCUCCACCGAAGCCCCCCUCCCUCCGACUACGAAUACCCCCACAGGUAUAUGGUCCAAAACAUGACCUAGAGCCUCCAAGAGGGACCGGUCCCCCCGAGAGCCGCUACAUCACGUCCUUGGUGGCCAUCUUGCAGACGACAGAGUCUAGCAGACCUCCCAUCUUCUCUUCCUGUGGCGUCACUUUGUACAGCUGGAGACAACAGAAUGAAAAGACAAGUGGGGUGAUGCUGAUGUACAAAUCCCUAUCGACAAGGACAAUUUGGUUUAGCAGAAUUUAAUAAAAGUGUUACAGCUUUUGCAGAUUUUAAAA